CCUGCAGCUGAAAUAUACAGAGGCAGAGAGUGUUGUUGUGUGGACAGGCCGGGCGUAAGAUUCGGGUGGUUAUCCUGCUGUCAUGGAAGGGGUACUGCACAAGUGGACCAAUUAUCUGAGUGGCUGGCAGCCGCGGUACUUUGUACUGGAUGGUACUGUGCUGUCAUACUACGACUCGCAGGAAGAUGUUGGCAAAGGAAGUAAAGGGAGCAUCAAAAUGGCCGUGUGUGAGAUAAAAGUGCACACAACAGACUUCACCCGGGUGGACUUGAUUAUUCCUGGAGAACAAUAUUUUUACCUCAAAGCAGUAAAUGCCGCAGAGCGACAGAAAUGGUUGGUCGCUCUUGGCAGUGCCAAAGCCUGCUUGGCAGACAGCAGGAGCAAGAAGGAACGAGAAAUCAGUGAAACUGAAGACACCUUGAAAUCCAAAAUGUCUGAGCUUCGACUUUAUUGUGAUUUGCUGAUGCAGCAGGUACAUAAGAUCCAGGAGUCUGCACAGCCGCUCCAGGCCAAUUCUACUCCUGAUGUUGAGAAAAUGAAUGAGGCUUCUUCAUUGCUUAAAGCCACGUGCAAUACCUUUAUAAAUACCCUUGAGGAUUGUAUGAAAAUAGCAAGUGUAAAGAUAUCCCCAGAGCUGCUUUCACCCCCUGAGUCCCCAGUUGCACAUGUUACCUCCACACCUCUUCGCAGGGUUAAACGUUCAGUCAGUCACAGUGGAGUUGUUCCGCCUGACAGGAAUGCAGAGGUUAACAACCUGAUCCAGCCUCAGAAGGGUUCCAUUACAGUAAUGAGAAAUCUGGAAGAAAUGGCUGCCCAUCGAGCUAGCAGGUGGACGAGACUGCCUGUGGAAAACAAGACUCCAGGCAACAGUUUUGCAGGACAGCCAGAAAAUUCACUGCCACCCUCCCAAAGUGUCCAAGAUGAAUCUGCAAGCAGUGCCAAUGAUGAGUAAUGUUGUUGGGGAAAUAGUGCGCUUCCCUGUCGAGUGGCGCUCAGGAGGAACUGGUUGAGACACAG